CUGCUAGUCUGUCUUCAUUCGGAGGUAAUCGUCUGGAAUUUAUUUUAAACCGACGGUCAGAGCUUUAGCUACUAGUCAGUCCACCACCACCACCAUCAUCAGACCCCCCAAUUUAAGCCCCUGCCUGCUUUGAGGUCCCCCAGCUCAUUAUCUACCACAAUCUUGAUCCUUCUGGGUGUUGAUUCUAGCCUUCUUUUACAAGAAAGGAAUUGGUAUGUUUCUGCAAAAGCACCUUCUUUUUUACCUAUCUAUUGGCUAUUCUUGGUCAGACUUUAGGGUGGUGUGAUCCUCACAUUGUCUGUGCAAUUCAAACAAGAUUCUAAGCCUCGUUUGGAUCAAGAUGUGUUUUGAAAAUCGUGAAAAUUGCAAUCAUGGCCUGUGCUGCGCCUAAUAAUAAUAAUCAUAAUAAUAGUAUAAAACGCCAGAGAAAGGGAAUCUGCUUUCUCUUUACUUCAUCUGGUGAGCUGUGACUACUUGAACCUUUUCGUUUCUUCGUUGCCUACUUUAUGUUCUCUUUGAAAGUUUCUUACUUUUUUCUUUCAUGAGAUUAGACUAGAUCCAAGGGUUCUUGAAGCUCCUACGCAAGCUUAGAUUUUAUGCCUGUUGCAUUGGAUUUUCCCCUUUCCCAUUUCUUUAAUUCACCCUAUAAUAAUAAUAAUCAGCUUAGAUAAUAAAGCUGCCAAUUUACUUUGUUCCUUGUUGAGUCCUCAAGAAGAUUGGGACUUUACCCUUUUGAAGGUGCACGGAGUGAAAUCCGCAAUUUCCGGGGUUUUUUGUUUGAGAAAUGGAUACAGAAGAUGAUGGUGAGAUGGGGCUCCGACCCACUUAUGGGCCACCCACUGGGAUAGACCCGUUACCAUUUUGGGACCCUAUUGUGAACCAGAAUUUGCAUUACCCAGGUGUGCUUGAUAAUCACCUUGAUAUGGUUCACAAGGUUCCAGCUUUCGGCAAUGGGGGCUUCACUGGUUCUUCUGGCCUAUCAGAUUGUCACUUAAAUUAUGAUCUUUUGCCUAAUGCAAGGAAGAGAAGACCAUCAGAUUGUGUCCCUCCUUCAAAUGCCAGUAAGAAUGUUGAGUCAAAAGACCAUUUAGGAGACUGCUCAGAACAUGAUGAACAUAAUUCUAGUUUGAGGAGUAAGCAAGGGGGCAAACAAGUCAUCAAGGAUAAUAAUUCCAGCAGUGGAGAACCUCCCAAAGAAAAUUAUGUGCAUGUUAGGGCUAAACGUGGGCAGGCUACUAACAGCCACAGCCUUGCGGAAAGGGUGAGAAGGGAGAGAAUUAGUGAAAGAAUGAGACUGCUUCAAGAACUAGUCCCAGGCUGUAAUAAGAUCACUGGGAAGGCAGUUAUGCUUGAUGAGAUUAUCAACUAUGUGCAAUCACUCCAGCAACAAGUUGAGUUUCUGUCAAUGAAACUUGCAACUGUGAAUCCAGAGAUGAACCUUGACAUGGAAAGAGUAUUAUCCAAGGACAUUCUUCACACGCAUGGCAUAAAUAACGGAGCUCUUCAUGGACCUCCUGGUCAAGGAUUCAACUCAUCACAUCCUUUCCCUGGCAGCGGUAUUCCACCGGGAACGUAUAGCAGUCUCCCUAAUACAGCACCAUUUCACACACUGCAGCAGAAUGUGUGGGAAAACGAUGUUCAUAAUACUCUCCGGAUGGGAUUUGAUUCUAAUUCUUGUAUGAACAAUAUGGGGACCAAAUGGUGACCAUUCAUAGGGACUAAAAUGAUCACUUCUACCAUUGAGUUACAGCUUAGACUGCUGAGUUUAAUUUGCUUCACAUGGACAAGAAAUUAGCAAAAGAUAAUUAUUUUCAUAGCUGUAUAGGCAGUUGUUUAGCUCCUAACUCUUUUAUUCUUCGAAUUUUAGUAGAAGAAAUGGCACUGUUUCAAUCUUUAUAAUUAAUUAUUCUCUAGUAUAUGUGUCAAGCUUUAUUGCAUUUUUGAGGAACUUUAGUAUUAUUAUGUACUCCAUAUAUUUAUGUGAUUGUUGAUUUUUUGUUGUUA